CAUCUGAUAUUCACUGGCGUGUAAAGGAAUCCGAAAACGACACUUGUGACACCGGAAAUAUGGCUACCGCCUCUCUCCACUGGAACUUGGCCAACAUCGAUCGUAUGGAUGCUCUAAUAUAAUUUAACAACAGGCAGGGGAUAUUAAGAGGAAUAUCAAUCAAAAUCACCAUGGCAGGUGCAGGUGGCGAUGUCUGGCGCAUCACAGGAGAGGAUCGUGCAAAACAUGAUGCCCAGUUCUUCCAGCUUAAGCCUGUCAAUGGAUUUGUGUCCGGUGAACAAGCUAAAGGAUUCUUCCUUCAGUCCGGGUUGGAUAUGCAGAAACUUGGUCAAAUCUGGUCACUAGCUGACAUGAACAAUGAUGGGAAAAUGGAUAAGAAAGAGUUUUCAAUUGCCAUGCAACUCAUCAAAAAGAAGUUGCAAGGAUACGAGCUGCCGAAGACUUUGCCUGCCAGUAUUAAAGCAGACCCAUCUCCAGUCAUGGGGUCAUUUGGGAUGCAGCCAAUGGGAAUGCAGAUGGGCGGGGCUCCAGGGAUGGGUGCUCCUCCACCUAUGGGCAUGGGAAUGGGUAUGCCAGGGGCUCCCCCAAUGUCAAUGGGAAUGAUGCAGCCUGUAGCCUCACUUGGCUCGGGCACCAUGACAACAGGCUCUGUAGGGAUGCCCAUAAUGGCCAAUGGGGUCCCUCCAAUGGGAGGACAGCAGGGAUUUGUGGGGAUGGGGAUGCCGCCUCCAGGAGGAGUGGUCGACCCUAAGGCAGGGAUGAAGCCUGUUGGAGCUGUAAGCUGGGCCAUGCCGCAUCAGAGCAAGUUGAAGUACACACAGCUCUUCUACUCCCAUGACCACAACAAGAGAGGCUUUCUCACAGGUGUGGAAGCAAGGUCUGUGUUGCUGCAGUCUCAUCUCCCUCAAGCCAUGCUGGCUCAGAUAUGGACCCUGUCUGAUGUUGACAAUGACGGCAAGCUGACCAGUGAUGAGUUCUGUAUUGCCAUGCAUCUGUUGGACAUUGUGAGAUGUGGGCGUCCACUUCCCUCUAAGCUCCCUGCUGAGCUCUACCCAACUGGAGCCAAGGGGCAGCCCGGGGCUGUCCCGCCCGGGGCACCAGGUGGCGUCAUGCCGGCUCCAGGUGGCAUCGGGCCUGUUCCAGUUGCAGCCCCGCAGAAGGACAUGUUUGGUGACUUGCUGAGCAGUUCGGGAAUCAGCAUACCACCCCCACAACCACUGGCACCACCCCCCCAGGCGGCCUCCAACGGAGAUGCACAGCAGCAAGACGAGUUUACUUCACCUGUGACAUUUGAAGACAAACGUAAGAUGAACUUUGACAAGGGUCAGGCGGAGCUGGAGAAGAGGCGGGCGAUGUUGCAGGAACAACUGAAGAGGGAAGAAGAGGCCAGGCUGGAGAAGGAGAGACAAGAACACGAGAAGAGGGAACGUAUCAGACAAGAGCAGGAACGCAAGCGACAGCAUGAGUUGGAACGCCAGAUGGAGAAGCAGAGGCAGAUGGAGAGAGAGCGAGAGGAACAGAGACAGAAGAUGAUGGAACAGAGAGAGGCUGCACGGCGUGAGUUGGAGCGGCAGCGGCAGAUGGAGUGGGAGCGGCAACGGAAAGAGCAGCUGCUGGCGGAGAAGGCACGGGAGUACGAGCAUCUCUCCACGCUGAAGACCCAGGGCAGCAACCUCAAGUGUGAGCUGGAGUCACUGGAUGGCAAGAAAACCGAGAUUGGUCAGAAAAUCACACAAGUUCGGAGUGGUGUUACAGACUUUACCUCCAGUAUAGAAAAUAUGCGAACAUCAAGAGAUCAAACACUUGCAGAUAUUGACAGAUACCAGAAGGAAGUACAGGACCUUGGGCAAAUGCUGUCCCGACUUCAGCAAGAGAGAGAACAGUUCACAAUUCAAGUACAAACAAUACAAAGCACGCCGAUGUCGGACACAUACCGCACAGUGAUGCACAGUGUGGAGGCGAAGAAGACCAACGUGCAGAGACUGCGCAAGGAGAUGGAGCGAAUAGAGAGAGACACUGAAUCCAAGCUGACUGAGAUAGAUGCAAGCAAUGUUCAAUUAAAGACUUCUUCGGUUGAGAUAACUCGCCUGCAGCAGGAAGUUCAGUCAAUCCAGCAACAACAGAAACUUCGUCAGUCUGAGGCCCAGAAAAAGCAGCGGCAGCAGGAACAAGAGGACCAGGUCCGCCAGAAAACAGAGAAGGAAAAACAGGAGAAGCUCAAGAAAGACCUUGAGACUCAGAGACUCAGAGAACAGGAAUCCAAUAAAACUGCUGAAGGUUCAUGGGCUGACUUUGGGAGUACUGGUGCAAAGACAGCAUCUGAGUCAGCAUGGGGUAAUGCUUUCCCAGCAACUGAUUCCAAGCCAUCAGGACAGGGUGUUUGGGGCUCAGAUCCAUUUUCUAGUCAGAAAUCAGGAGGAAAGAAAAGAUACAGAUGUUUAUAUGCAUUUGAAGCAAGGAGUGUUGAUGAACUAUCACUUAAUGUUGGUGAUGUUGUGAUAAUCCCAGACGACCAGGGCGCCCCGGUCGAGGGCAUGGAGGAGUGGUACAAGGGGGAGAAGGAAGGACAAUCGGGCUGGUUCCCCAAGGCCUAUGUGGAUCUAUCUGAUGACCAAUCUAGUCUGGACAGUGCAAUAGAUAAAAAUAAUUUCAAUGCGUUCUCUGGGAAGACUGCUGAGUCAGGUCCUGUUGGAGACAUAAGCCAAGAGACAGUCGACGCCCCCAACUUGCUGCCCACAUCCACAGACUCCCCAUUUACUGCUGUAUCUCCAACACAAGGACAGGGCCAGGAGGCACCAGAAGGGUUGAUGGCUAAGGCGACCUACCCCUGGAAGGCGAGACAGGACAACCACCUCACAUUCAACAAAGACGAUGUCAUCACGGUCAAGGAGCAGCAAGACAUGUGGUGGCUCGGGGAGCUUAAUGAGAAGAGUGGAUGGUUCCCUAAGGCAUAUGUGAAGCUUGUCAGUGUUGGCUCAUCCAAAAAUAGCUCAGCAACACCAAGUCCGUUCAGCACGUUGGAGAGAAAUGGAAGCUCCAGCUCUUCUCCAGCUCCUGAUAAAAAAGAUGGAGAGUACUAUGUUGCCAUGUACAGCUACACUUCAGAACAGGAGUCGGACCUGGUAUUUAACGAAGGUGACAUGAUCCAGGUGAUCAGCGUGGAGGGCGACUGGUGGACGGGGACUAUUGGAGACAAGACGGGCGUCUUUCCCGCAAACUAUGUCAAGAAGAUGGACAUACAGCCCGACUUGGACGACACACCACCACCACCUCUUCCACCAGACUACCCACCCUGUCCCACAACAGGGGGCGGGACAAGCACCACACAGUCAGACAGCCUCUUCAGUGGACUAGAUCUUCAGUCCGGACACACAAGCACAACCCAGUCAGACAGCCUCUUCAGUGGGCUUGAUUUCCAGUCUGGAAGCACAAGAAUCGUACAGUCGGAUAACUUGUUUGGUGGAAUGGACUUGCAAACAGGCAUCACUAGCACAAGUCCUAACAUAGAAGGACAAGAUCAAAGUCUUGGAACAGGCAUGGAUUGGGGAACAAAUGCUCCUGCUGACCCUGAAGAGAAGAUAGGGUUAUCUGGUACAUCUGAUCCAUUUGCAGGGCUUGACUGGGGAGGUGGAUCAACAUCAGACCCUACUAAUGGCCUUGGUGAUGGGACUGAUGGGACUGAUGGAACUCUUGCAGCAGCAUGUAGCCAGCCUGGCCUGUCAUCACUGCUGGACCCUCUGGAUUCAGGAAGCAGUCUCUUACCUACAGACUCCUCCCUGAGACCGAGUGGCAGCAGCAAUUCCCUGGACCUGAUGGCUGAGCUGGACCCCAUGUCCCCAUCUCUCUCGCCAGCAGCUUCUGCUGCAAUGAACAUCUCUGGCCAAGCCACUCCUGAUCCUUUUGGUGACAUACUGAAUGUGCAAGAAACACCCUCCUUUGACUUGGCAAGCAUGGAAGCUGACAGCCUGCCACCCAUACCAGUAGAACUCACAGACCCUGACAUGUUUAAAACAGUGGCUUUCAGUGGACAUGAAGAAGAUCCUAAUGAUGUGUACGAGGAUGUUAUUCCUGGUCUGCAGGCUACACAGACAGACGCUAACACACGGCCAAAAUCUUCAACACCUACCAUUACUAUCACUGACACAGAGGCAGGAAAAACAACAUUGGGGAAUGAAUCAAAUAAACCGCCUCGUCCUCCUCCGCCAGGACAGAAAAUUGUCAAGAAACCAGAGAUUGCAAUUGUGAUAGCUCCCUACAUGGCAACUGGCAAUGGCCAGCUGUCCCUGGAAACCGGCAAUAUGAUCCAGGUGCGGCAGAAGAGUCCUCGUGGCUGGUGGGAAGGAGAGUUACAGGCUAAGGGUCAAAAGAAGAAGAUAGGCUGGUUCCCAGCUAACUACGUGAAAUUGUUGGGUUCCGCCAGUGCGAGGUCUACACCGGACAGGCAGCCAAUGUCCGUCACUCCAACUCCUCAACUUUCAGUGCAAUCUACAACAGGAGGUGGAAGUCGGUCAACGACCCCUCAGUCUACAUCGAGCCAGUCAUCACAGCCGUCACAGCCACCACCCACAGUCCCUCCCCCUUCAGUGGCGGAGCAGGUGGUGGCUCUCUACUCGUACGCUGCUCAGAACGCUGACGAGCUUACAUUCCAGAAGGAGGCUGUGAUUACCGUGCUGAACAAGGACAACCCUGACUGGUGGCAGGGAGAGCUUGAGGGCAAGACGGGCGUGUUCCCUGCCAACUACGUCACCCCACACACCACAGCAUCAUCUGAGGACAAGCACCGACAGAACUACAUCAAUGAGCUCAUCAGCACGGAGGAGUCCUACAUGGCGGACAUGUCCAUUGUGUCCGAGGCCUUCAUCCAGCCGCUGCAGAACUCCAAGGUUCUGACGGAUGAGGAGCUACACAACGUCUUCGUCAACUGGCGCGAACUGAUCGUCUGUAAUAUGAAGUUACUCAAUGGGUUGAAGGUUCGGAAGAAGAUGUCAGGGAAAGGCAAGCCAAUUUCAAUGAUAGGAGAUCUUCUAUGUGAAAAUCUUCCCCACAUGACCGUCUACGUCCGAUUCUGCAGCUGCCAGCUGUCUGCAGCCGCUCUCAUACAGAGGAAGACGGAACACAGCCCUGAGUUUGUGGAGACUCACAAGAGGUGUCUACAUGAUCCCAGGACAAAGAACAUGCCUCUCAGUAGCUUCCUGUUGAAGCCUAUGCAGAGAAUAACAAAAUACCCCCUCAUGAUCAAGGAGAUCAUAAAGUACACCCCUCCUGAACACCCUGACCACCAGAAUCUGGUGGAUGCUCUGGCCAAGGCGGAGGAGUUGUGUACGCAGGUCAACGAGGGCGUUCGGGAGAAGGAAAACUCUGAGAGGUUGGAAUGGUUGCAGAAUCACGUCCACUGUGACGGCCUGUCUGAAAGAAUAAUAUUUAAUGGAGUUACAAACUGCCUAGGAAGACGGCGUCUUGUACACUCUGGUAUCCUUUACAAAACCAAGAGUAACAAGGAGCUGUUGUGUUUCCUCUUCAAUGACUUCAUGCUGCUCACACUGCCGUCCCGGCCGCUGGGCAGCAACUCCUCGCUCCGCUACAUCUGUGAUCCCAAGUCUACACUCAACUUUAAAAUGUACAAAACGCCUAUAGUGUUGAACGAGGCAAUCCUCAUCAAGUCGACUGACGCAGACAGCGACCCCUGCCAGUUCCAGAUCAGAUAUGACUUCGACCGAGUUCUCAAUCUCAAGGCAGUCAAUGAAACAGAAAAGGAUCUCUGGAUUCGGGAGAUUGAAGGAGCAUCCAGGCAGUAUCUAGACACAGAAAAGAAGAAGAAGGAGCGCCAACACUCAAUAGCUCAACUUCGCUCCCGCCCAGUCGGACGCCUGCUUGUCAUCAUCCUAGAGGGCAUCGGCCUCAAGUCCACGAGUGACGGUGGUAAGAGUGACCCGUACUGCGAGGUGAGCAUGGGGAGUCAGGAGCACCGCACCAAGGUGAUCCAGGGCACGCUCAACCCCAAGUGGAACCACUCCAUGCAGUUCACCAUCAAGGACCUGGAGCAGGACGUCCUCUGCCUCACUGUGUACGACCGGGACAUCUUCUCCCCUAACGACUUCCUGGGACGGACAGAGAUCCAAGUGAAAGAGGUGUUAUGCAGUUCCAGUCGGAAGGGGCCGAUCACCAAGAAGCUUCCUCUGUAUGAAGUUAAUUCAGGGGAGGUAAUCGUGAAACUGGAUCUACAGCUGUACAACAGCUGAAAGUCCCUACUGGACACGGGGGUGUUUUAGUUAUGCAGAGUCUUAUACAGUAUAUCGGACCUCGGAGAACAGACUAGAGAGUAGACCUGUCAGGUAGCCUGCCAAUAGAUCACAAGUACAAACCUGUAGCAUCAGCGAUUUGGUGUGCCAUGGGAGAAUAAAUAAUAUUGAGAGUGUUUCCCAUGGUUAUUUUAAUCUUCAUCUUCGCAGGAUUGAGAAGUGUGUUGGAUCCUGUUUUAUGAUCGGUGCAGUGAGCACCUGUGCAAUCUGUGAACCACCAGUCGGACAGAACAGCUUUUCUGCUCACUUUCUGUGCUGCAAACUCAGUGGACGUCAAGUUUUAUUUCUUUUUGAUUGUUAUCGAUACGAUUAUGGUAACCCUAAUAGAUGUCAUCCUCAUCAUCAUCAUCCUCAUCAUCAACAUCAUCAUCAUCAUUAUCGUCGUCAUCAUUCUCAUCAUCAUCAUCAUCAUCAUCAUCAUCAUCAUCAUCAUCCUCCCUACUAUCACCAGCAGGCCGUUCUCUAUCCUUGUACAUGCUGGUGAUGAAAUGCUCAUCUUAUGAGUAUAUUAUCUCAUCAUUAUCAUCAUUGUCAUUGUCAUCUCAAUCCUCCUCCUCCUCCUCCUCUUUAUCAUCAUCAGCAGCAGCAGCAGCAGCAGUAGCAGUGGCUUCAUCUUGAGCAAGUCGUCAGAAUCAUCAUCAUCAUCAUCAUCAUCAUCAACAACAGCAUCUUCCUCCUCCUCAUGAUAAUGAAAGCACAUUGCCUGUGCUUGUCACGCUGCAUCCUGUCCUGGACGACAAUACUGCUGCAAUAUUCAUCAGGAGGGCCUUACACUAGCAGAGGCUCAUUUCUACGGAGUUACUUCCCCUGCUUAUGUUGCAGGUACAAGUGUCUCUACCUGACACAUGUAUGAAAACUAAAGUACUCACGGAAAUGGAAAAAAACUGCUUUUUCGAUCUCAGGUUUUAAAUAAAUGCAGUUAAUAUACAAAAAAUAUAAAUAUUCAAACAACUCAAUUAGUACUAAUUGGGCCUUGGC